AUGCCCGCUAGCCCCGGACUUCCAGCCCCCAAGCGCCCGCACGACUUCCUGCCAUUGGACACUGACUCACUCCUCCUCGGCUCAGAUGAUGACAACUUGGUGUCCGCCCGAGGCUCGGAGGACGGCGGCGCCGACCACCAUCACCAGCUCAACGAAGGGCGCAGCAGAGGCCCCGGCUCUGGCCCUAGCCUCACCCGGCUGAACGGCCUAGCCCUCGUCAUUAGCCUCCAGAUCGGAAGCGGCAUCUUCUCAGUCCCCACGCAGAUAAGCCAGCACGUCAUGACUCCAGGCUUCGGCCUGUUGGUCUGGAUCAUAGGCGGACUGCUCGUCUGGACAGGAGCAAGUUCCUUCAUCGAGCUGGGACUGCGUAUUCCCUCUAACGGCGGCAUCCAGGAGUACCUGCGUAUCUGCUACGGAAACUUCAUGGGGUUCUUAUUCACGUGGACUUGGGUGGCUAUCGCGAAGCCUGCUGCUAACGCGGUGAUUUCUACAAUUUUUGCCCAGUACCUAAUGCAGGCUGUCUGGCCUUCUGAGCCUGCGGCGCCGUGGCUGUUGAAGUGCGUUGCGGUGGGUUGCAUUGUUACGCUGACGUUGGUCAACUGCAUGGGGGCUACGGCGGGCGCUAAGGUUGCUAAUGUGUUCUUGUUGCUCAAGCUGAGUGCGCUGGGAGCUAUCGUACUUCUGGGCUUGAUCGUGUACACGGCUGGCUACGGAGAAGGUGUUCCUGCUUCGGACAGUGGAUGGUUCGGAGCACAGCCUGAGCAGCCAGAGUGGGACGCGUGGCAAUGGAUGGGCAAUUUUGGCACGGCGCUGUUUGGAGCGCUGUUUUGCUAUGGCGGGUGGGAGACUGUGGGCUUCGUACUUGGGGAUAUGAAAGAUCCUGAAAAGGAUCUCGGGCCUGUGAUAAAUGGUUCUAUGGCCAUCGUCAUCUUUGGUUUCUUUUUGAUGAAUGCCGCUUUCUAUAUUUGCUUGCCCUUGGAAGUCAUGAGGGAAAGUACAACCGUAGCUGUGGAUUUCGGGAGACGAACUAUUGGCCAAUGGGGCGGACUGGUUUUCUCCAUCGUGGUAUCUUUAAGCGCAAUGGGGUCUCUCAAUUCCAACGUGUUUGCUACCGCAAAGCUGUUAGUCGCGGCUUCUCACAGGAACUACUUUCCCGCCAUUCUCGCAAACUUACAUUGCAGUACCGCCCACGAGGAGGCCGCGUACUUGGACCAGAACCUGCCGUGGUUGUUUCGAGUUCCCGUUGCAGCGCUGGCGCAGAUGACUCAGACAUUACGCUGGCAGCGGUCAGUGCCAAUCUUCGCCCUGCUUCUUAACGGCCUCAUGGCCUCCGUCUAUGUCAUGGUAGGCUCGUUCAACGGGCUGGUUACAUUCAUAGGGAUGGCGGAGUAUUUCUUCUUCCUCAUGUCCGUCCUAGGCAUACUCGUCCUACGCCGAGCCGACAAGCAUCAGCCGAACGGAACGAGGUUCCGGCACAACACGUGGAUAGGAAAUCCGAUCAUCUUUGCCGCUGUCAGUGGGGUCUUGAUUCUCAGGGGAGUCAUUGCCCAGCCCCUUCAGGGUCUGGGUAUUUUGGCCGUUGGCCUGGCUGGAUUGGCCGUCUUCGCCUCGAGGUUUGGGUUACGCGGCUUUGAGAGGUCAUCCCCGAUCUGA